GGUUUCUUUCAGAUCAUCAACCAUGACAUCCCCCUGGAAGUGCUUGACAACGUUAAAAAGGCGACAUAUCGCUUCUUUGACUUGUCCGCUGAGGAGAAGAACAAGUAUUCCAAAGAGAAUACCGUGUCCAACAAUGCCCGAUACACCACCAGCUUUAUUCCUACGGUUGAGAAGGCUCUAGAAUGGAAAGAUUACCUCAGUCUCUUCUAUGUUUCCGAGGAAGAGGCAGCUGCUGUCUGGCCUUCUUCUUGCAAGGAUGAAGUGUUAACUUACAUCCAUACCGGCGAAAAAGUUGCGAAGAACUUGUUAAAGGUGCUACUCAAGGGGCUAGACGUGACUGACAUAGACAGUGAGAAAGAGCAACUUGUAACAGGUUCAAAGAGGGUUAACAUGAACUUCUAUCCUAAGUGCCCAAACCCUGAUCUCACUGUUGGAGUUGGUCGCCAUUCUGAUGUCUCGGCAUUUACUAUUCUCCUUCAAGAUGAUAUUGGUGGGCUUUACGUGAGGGUAGAGGCUACGGACAGUUGGGUCCAUGUGCCGCCAGUAAAAGGGUCUCUUGUUAUUAAUAUAGGUGAUGCUGUGCAAAUACUUAGCAAUGGACGUUACAGAAGUAUUGAGCACAGAGUCGCGGCUAAUGGAAACAGCGACAGGAUCUCAGUUCCCCUUUUCAUCAACCCAAGGCCAGAAGAUAUCAUCGCUCCGUUGCCUGAAGUUCUCGCUAAUACUGGAGAGAAACCGAUUUACAAGCCAAUUUUGUACUCGGACUACUGUAGGCACUUUUACAGGAAGGCCCACGAUGGAAAGGCUACCAUUGAUAUCGCAAAGGCAUAAUGUGUGUUUUCCAUGUUCGAAGAAUUAUCAUGAUUUAUUUGCAAGCCAUUAAUAUUAUAGUGAAUGAAAAUAAACAGUAAGUGCAGAAAGAUGUAAUGCAUCUAUGAAAUAUGCACGACUAAGAUUUAAAACCUGUUAGUAAAUUAGUUUCAAUAAUCUUUGUCGAGACAUUUCUUGUACCCCUUGACUUUAUGUAAAGUACUGAAGAAGUACUCGGAGUUUUUAUAUAUGUUUGUAAUAAACAAGUUUGAUUUGUUAUGUAUAAAA